AUUUUCUUCACCAUCGCUGAUAUGUCUCACUUCGUCAUCACCGGAGCACACGGCGGCAGCACCGCGGGUGCUGGUGAUCCCAAUCGCCUCGAGAUCAAUGACUUCGUCAAGAUUGAGGAACAGUUCUCGCUCUACAUCCAGGCCUUGACGGCGAUGUCUCAGGACAAGCAGAGCGAUCUUACGUCGUUCUUCCAGAUCGGCGGUAUUCACGGCUUGCCUUACGUGCAGUGGGACGGUUCGGGCGGGAAGGAAGCUGUCGAGGGCACCGAGUGGCAGGGCUACUGCACCCACGGCUCUAUGCUCUUCCCGACAUGGCAUCGUCCCUACGUCGCUCUCUUUGAGCAAGUUCUCCACCAGCAUGCUGCCGCGAUUGCGAAGACGUAUAAGGUUGACCAUGGCCGCUGGGAAAAGGCUGCAGCGGACCUUCGUGCGCCAUACUGGGACUGGGCGGUCAACUCUGUCCCGCCGCCGGAGGUCAUCACCGACAAGCAGGUUACGAUCACCCUCCCUGACGGCAGGCGUGGUGCGGUGACCAAUCCGUUAUACGCCUACGUCUUCCACCCUAUCGAUCCCAGCUUCCCGACACCGUACAGUGCCUGGCAGACGACGCUGCGCCACCCAACGUCCGAUGGGGCGGACGCGCAGACAGACGUUCAGGAACUCACUGACACCCUCCAAACUGCCCAGGAUGGUAUUACGUCGAGUAUUUAUAGCCUACUUACCAGCGUGCACACCUGGCCGGCGUUCAGCAACCAUAGCCCUGACGACGGCGGCAGCGCUACCAGCUCCCUUGAGGCCAUCCAUGACUUCAUCCACGGCGAUAUAGGUGGUGGCGGUCAAAUGACGGACCCCUCGGUCGCAGGCUUCGACCCUAUCUUCUUCCUGCACCAUGCCAAUGUAGACCGUAUGCUGUCUCUGUGGUCGGCCCUUAACCCAGGUGUUUGGACGACAAAUGGCCCGGCGGAAGAGGGCACGUGGACAAUCCCGCAUGACGCUACUGUUGGCCCAAAGACUCCGCUGGCACCAUUCUGGGAAUCGCAAUCCGCGUACUGGCUCUCGUCGCAAACGACGACGACGAACAAGCUCGGCUAUACUUACCCCGAAUUCAACGGGCUUAACAUGACCAACCCGCGCGCAGUCAAGGCCGCCAUUGCGAAGACCAUUAACAAACUGUACGGCGGCCCUAUUUCCGGUGCGUUUGCUGCGGCAGCACCUGCUAGUGCUGCUCUCGCGACGCCUGCUGCCAGCAAGCUUGCCGCACCCCACAACCCGGGGCCCAACACCGAGUUGCCUCCGAUCCCCGUUGGCGACGCGGGCAGUAGCCUAUACGACUGGUCGGCUCGGAUCCGCGUCAAGAAAUACGAGCUCGGUGGCAGCUUCUCCGUACUCAUUUUCCUCGGACCAGUCCCCGAAGACCCACGCGAGUGGCGCAAGAGCCCUUCCUUCGUCGGCACGCACCAAGCGUUCGUCAACUCCUCUGCGACCCAAUGCGCGAACUGCCGUACCCAGGCGGCUGCCGGUCAGGUCACCGAGGGCUUCGUCCAUCUCGACACGGCGAUUUCGCGCCUGUCCGGGCUCGGCUCCUUCGAGCCCUCCGUCGUCGAACCGUACCUCAAGCGCGAGCUCUCGUGGCGCAUCGUGCGCGCAAACAAGGCCGUUGUCGACCUCAACGACGUGCCUUCGCUCGAGGUCAUUGUUUGCGCCACUCAGCUCACGCUCCAGCCAGGCGCUGACCUCCCGGACCACGGCGCGCCGCAGUAUUUCUCCGGGAUCACGGCUGGUCGCCAGGGUGGUGCGAGGACCGAGUAGAUGGAGGAUAGCGACGAAGCAUAGGGGCAGAACCCCUAUUAUGGAAAGAUAUUCAGCGCUAACACUGUACGCUAGCUACUAUUGGGUGUUCCUAUGACUUCAAGUUCCUAUCCGUUCUCCGACGCAGAUACCGGCUUUCCUUCCUUGUCUUUGGUUUUACGCUUGUACAGUACUGUUACCCAUAGUUCAAGACAAUUUGACCCUCGGUCGAGAGAUAUAGAGACAGCGGGAAGGCACGUUUGUGCUUAAUCCCAGACUUGUAUUGAGCUAGACGACUCUCUCCAGCAUAUAUCCCAUU